GAGAGUCCUGAUGGCCGAUUCGAACACCUAUCUGCGGCAGCCUUGGCGCACCGUGCAUGGCAUCCCCAUGGUCAAUGCCUUCGCCCUCAACUGGGAACGGGUUGACAGUUUCCAGACCCGCCCUGAGGACAUCGUGGUGGUCACCUACCCCAAAUCUGGCACCACCUGGGUCAGUGAGAUCGUGGACAUGGUCCUGAAAGGCGGAGACCCAGAAAAAUGCAAGCAGGAUGACAUUGUGAACCGGGUGCCCAUGAUGGAGUGUGCUGCCCCUGGGAAGUUACCAGCAGGCACAGAGCAGCUGGAGGUCAUGCCAUCCCCUCGCAUCAUCAAGACCCACAUCCCAGCUCACAUCUUGCCCAAAUCCUUCUGGGAAAACCGCUGCAAGAUGAUCUAUGUGGGGCGCAACGCCAAGGACGUGGCUGUCUCCUACUACCACUUUGAUUUGAUGAACAAGUUCCAUCCACACCCCGGGACAUGGGCCCAGUAUCUGGAGGAGUUCAUGGCUGGCAGAGUGGCGUAUGGUUCCUGCUGGGACCCCUAUUCCCAGCGGUGGGUGCAGCGAUGGCCGCGGUGA